AUGAAGGCCAUUCUGCUCCCGCUCGCUGUCCUGGCGUCGUGCGCCAUGGCCCAGACGACGACUGGCUGCGCCGCCAAUUACAUCGUCGAGGCCUGCCUCAGCUCCGAGAACGCCAAGCUCAAUUCCUGCGGAAGAGAGGAGUGGGAGUGCUUGUGCCAGCAGUGGAAGAACAUCAUCACCUGCUACAACAACUGCCCCAACGACCCCCGGCAGCACGAGAGCGCCGGCCAGCGCGACAUCUUCUGCGGUUACGCCAGCCAGUACUCCUCGAGCACGACGAAGGCGUCCCAGUUGGCGACGGCGUCGACAACGGCGGCCGCGGAGAGCACGCAGGACACCGAGCAAAACUCGGCGACGCGCACCGGCUCGCAGAGCGGCACCGCCACCAGCACCGGCAGCAAUGCCGCCAACACCAACAGCGCCGCCUACCUCGCCCUUAACGCAGGCGGUGUCCUGGCCGCUGUUGCCGGCGUCGUUGCCGUUGUGCUUUAA